GAGGAUGACUAAUUGACAUAUGGAUCAUCAUUGACUCAUUCGUACGUGUUGCAGGGCUCAAACAUAUAGGUUGAUGACGUCUUCAUUAGAGGGCCAAUAGCCGCUCAAAGUAUAUAUAAAAAGGCCGGCGACAAUUUGAUAGAAACAUYGGAAAUUACUGAUCUCCUCUGAUUAUCAUCUGUGAGCCUGAAAAAAAACUAAGAAGCAGUGAUAAAGCCGACAAUCUUCUACGAGAACUUUGGGUUUGGUGAUUCGAAAAUGGCGACAGAAGAAAAUCAAUUGAACGCCGCCGCUCCAGAAAGUAAUCUUCCUCGCUACCUGAGUUUAACCAUGGGUAUAUUCUGCUUAUCCUUGAGCAUCAUUACGGUCUCGUUUAAUGGCAUCCUCUGUACAGCUUUGUAUAAAAACCCUCUUAAAUGUUUUGGUACACCGAAUAGUUUUCUUCUUCUCAAUCUCGCCAUCAGUGAUUUUCUCACUGGAUUAAUAGUAGACGUACUCUAUUCUGCGUAUUUUCUUGCUGCCUUUCGGCACAGAGAGAUUUUAAGUCUUUACGAAGCUGCUGCAACAGCGUCGUUCAUCACCGUCAAUGUAUCAACAUGCACCAUCGUCUUGUUAUCAAUCGAUCGAUUCAUAGCUGUAUGUAAACCUUUGAGCUACAAGUUCCUGAUGACCAGAGAUCGAGUCAUCGUUUGUAUUACAUGCUCUUGGGUGUACUGUAUUGGGUUUAGCAUAAUCCCUCAUGUUGGAGUACCAAAAUGGUUGUACUACUUGAUUGAUGCCCAUUUGCACAUAACAGCACCACUGGUUCUUCUUACCUUUACCUUCGUAAAGAUACAAAAGACAUUCAAAAAUAACGCCUUGAACAAUGACUUUCACGAGAUGAGAUGCAAACAAGAAAAGAUACUAGUCCAGACCAUAUUGAUGAUAUUAAUAUUAGCUAUCAUUUGCUUAUUACCUUAUUAUAUUACAGUCCAUAUUGACUUUUACUGUCAGUACUGGACAAGGUGUCCAGUCAGUACCAUAUAUGAUUGGUUUGGCUGGCUGUCCGAGCCAGUUGAGUUCAUUAAUUCGUGUAUUAACCCUGUACUAAAUGCCUAUCGCCUCCCUAAGUACAAUAAGUCAAUCAAAGUGACUCUAGGUUUGACGAAAUUAGACGAAGAAGGAAAACUUCAAGCACCUUGUCCUGCUUCAGCCAGUCAAGUCAUGAUUCCAGCGCCAAGCCCAACAAGUGUAAAACACCUGUCAGUAAACACUUUACUGUGAUAGGUCGAGUACCUCAUGACUUGCAUGCUUGAUCAGUCUAAACCUCACCAAUCAGGGUGGAAUCCUAUUAUAACCAUACAGUCAAUGUCAUUAACGUUGUCCACCGAAAAAAGACAUUUACACRUUUACACAUUUAGACAUUUACACAUUUAGAUUAAAAGAAAUAUCACGUGUUUCAUUAUGUAUUCUUUGCCUCGUGUGCGUCAACCUGAACUUUAAAUAUAAAAUCCAACUCGUGAAUUGAAAAUCCAGAAUGCCCUGACCAUUUAGUGAGGAUUUAAGAUGGAGAAUGGUAUUUCAGCAUUUGUUUUAUGACAGAACGAUCGAGGAAACACGUAACAUUUCUUUUAGUCUAAAUGUGUAAAUGUCUAAAUGUGUUACAGUUAUGACAUCGACUGUAUGUAAAUAAUGCCAGAAAAAAAAAUGCGGGAACUUAAACGUGCAGGCAAAAUUUGACAAAAUUCCAUAAAGUUGUUGUCUUUUCGCUCAUUGGAUUCAUAUCUCCCAUGGUGCAUUUCGGGCUUGGUAUGCAACAAAGCCACCAUUUUUUUUCGUUUUGAAAUAGCUGUAUACAUAUACAUACAUAACAUUCCAUUUCUUAGAUUUCUAGCAACUGACUGUGUAACUUAUGCUACAUACUAACCGUUUCCAAUGAACCCUGUUCUCUAGAAGCUCUUACGCUCCAGUGUUCUCGGGCGUUCAUAGAUAAUUUAUGACACCUAUGUCUGUUGUAUGUGCUUAAUCGUUUAGAAUUAGUUUUUAAAAAUCGCAUAAUUUAGACAAACCAUCUUUAUUCCACACCCUUAGACCUAGUUUCACUGAUGUUUUACAAUCGUUUUUUUAAAUAUUCUGCAAAACGUUGUCGUCUAAAAAUGAAAAUCUGACGAUAAAACACAGUUAGAUAUAUCACGUGGUCAGAUUCAUCAAAUCAUCAACUCGAAUUAUAUUCACUGAUGUAAAGUCUAGCAUUGAUAAAAAUGAACGAUAUUCGAUCAUGCACAUGACAGUUUUUCUUCUUCUGGCUCGUAUAUUACCAUUACAUAUGUAUAUUUUCUAGUUAAACAUUAUAUUAUUAUAUAAAAAACMAAAACAUAUGCAAGAAGAUUGGAACAACGUUAUCCCAAUCUCCUUGCAUAUGUUAUUCUAUUCUACUCCUUUAAAAAAUAAAAAAUAAAAACAGUGAAAAAUACGAAUUCCCAGUCGCGAAUGAGAUAGAAUAAAUAGGUUUUCAUUGA